AUGUUCCUUCCGAAAAUCUUACUUGUUGCUGGCAUUCUACUUGACCCAACCUUCAUUGAGAAGAGUUCUGGUCAAGCUAUGAUCUGCACCAGCUCCCAAAUUUUGCAACAAGGGGGUCCGACUGGCUGUACAUGUCGAUCCUUCUAUGGCACUGGUCAAUGCGCCACCCGAUGUGACGCUGAUCCUGCUGGUUGUGGACAGAAAUCACCUGCGGGGUUCUACCUCGACGACUGCACGACUGAUUGCACGGCCGAUGCUAACAAGGAUUGCGAAGCCUGUGGGAUAUGGCUCAAUUCAGUCUGUGAAUGCUUGCAAAACCACAACUGUCCGCAAAGCAGUUCGAGUGGAAGUUUCUGGGUGCGGAUCGGAAGUUACCUUAUGACGACAAAUGUGGCCAUAGACAACAUUGUGAGCCUACAGAAAUCCCACGCGAGUCUUGCCCCCUUUGGCUGGGAUUUUGGUCAAAUGCAAUAUGACGCGGGUACACAAGGGCUGGCUAUCAAUCCUAUCCACACUAUAAGUCAGGAUCAAAUCCACAUGCACAUUUGUCAUAAGAAUCCCGCGAUGAGCAAAUUUUUGGCUACCACCGGGAGUACCGCUGUCGGUGGUUAUUCAUACUACAGUUCACUCGUUCCCAUCUCCUUGCCUGGGACUUUUCAGAGAGACAACCAACCGACAACAAUAUUUUGCCAGGCGUCUCAAACCCCGAACACGCCUAUCAGUGGAGGCGAGGUGUCUGCAGCUAUCAAUAUGGUACUGGGAAUGUCUGUAUGCAAUUAUAAUGUGGCUGCAGCAGUGAUAAGCGAUGACAAUGACUAUACAUGGGCAUGUGUCACAGCUGAUCGUGAUGAUGCAGAGCAUAGGUUCUUGGUAGGCUGCCCGUGA